CAGCAUCAACAACAACAUAACAACAACAGCAGCAGGACGCUACUGGGCAGUUGGAGGCAGUCGCCCUCCAACAACAACGGAGGGCGGAGGAGCGACGCUCACAACAACGAGCGGAGCGCCGGGUGGCUAAAGCACAGCAAGUUGGCACAGUAGGGGGCACAGGUGGUGCAUCAGCCAGUCAUCUCGGUCAUCUCGGUCAGUCGACCAGUGGCACCUGGGUCUGCCCCGUGACCUCCUGCCAGCGGGCUUUCGACACUUCACGUGGCCUCAAGGGCCCACACAGUGGCGGCGCUCACUCUCUCGUGAUGUGACUUGCUCCAACUGGCAAGCGUGCAGCAGAGGAACCUGGCUGGCUGCCCCGGUAUUAUUGCCAGCACCAGCAGCAAAGAGCAAGCAAGCAAGCACUUGCUCGAGUCGAGGAUGGCGCCGUGGUCAGCGCUGUGCCUCUGGGUCGUCCUCUGUCCGUGCCUGGGUGGUGCUCAGAUCUCACCGUCAACCAACUUCACCAACUUGAACCUCCACCCUGAGCACAUACCCUACUACCUGCACGGCCGCCCGCAAGAGACAGAGUCAUGCGUGGCGGACCCCCGGUGCCCGUACAAGAGACAUCUGUCGAGGGUGAACUCCUCUUGCUGGGGCUACGAGGAGGGGUGCGUGCCACGCCACAGCUUCCGCUUCCCGGUCUGCUCAUCCUCCAACACCGCCUGGGCCAACUCCGUGGAGGCGGCGGAGUACCUUUACUGGCGUCAGGCGGACUUCGGCUACGUGAAGGAGCGUUUGGGAGAGCUGAAGACCCUGUGCCGAGCCAGGCAACCGGGCGACUCGUCCCUCACGUGCGUGCAAUACACGCGCUACUGCCGCGCCACCAACCUCUACGUCGACCUGCGCAAGCCCCGACGCGGCACCGACAGGUUUAGCGAAGACUUCUUCGAGGCCGGGGAGAUUGGCGGCCGCUGCGACCUGGACGCGGACGCGUUGGCGGCUGAGGGCGAACACAAGAGCCCCCUGCAGUCGUGGUUUGCGGAGUUGCAGAGCUUCACGCAGCUGGAGCGGCAGCCCGAGGAGAGCGGCCGCUGCGACCUGGUGGUGGAGACGCCGACUUACUUCAUGAAGCUCGACGCAGGAGUCAACAUGUACCACCACUUCUGCGACUUCGUCAACCUCUACAUCUCGCAGCACAUCAACGGCUCCUUCUCGCAGGACGUCAACAUCGUCAUGUGGGACACGAGUUUCUAUGGCUAUGGAGACUUUUUCAGCGACACCUGGAGUGCCUUCACCAACUUCAACAUCACCCACCUCAAGGACUACGACCAGAAGCGGGUGUGCUUCAGGGAGGCCAUCUUCCCGCUGCUGCCCAGGAUGCGCUACGGCCUCUUCUACAACACCCCCCUCGUUCCCACCUGCUCAGGGACGGGGCUCUUCCGGGCCUUCUCCCAGCACGUGCUGCACCGUCUCCGCGUCCCGCAGGAGUGGCCCAAGGCUGACAAGGUGCGCGUGACGCUUCUCGCGCGCAGCACACAGUUCCGCCGCAUCCUCAACCAGGACGAGCUCAUCAAGGCCAUGAAGACGGUGUCCUGGCUGGAGGUUCGGCUCGUGGACUUCAACAGCAGGCAAAUUGGGUUUGUAGAUCAGCUCAAGGUCACGCACAACUCGGACAUCUUCAUCGGCAUGCACGGCGCUGGCCUUACCCACCUGCUCUUCCUCCCCGACUGGGCCGUGGUCUUCGAGCUCCACAACUGCGACGACCGCCACUGCUACAUGGACCUGGCUAACCUGCGCGGUGUGCACUACAUGACCUGGAUGAAGGAUAACUUGGUGUUCCCGCAGGACAAGGGCCAUCACCCGACCAUGGGGGAGCACCCGAAGUUCACCAACUACUCGUUUGACGUGGCCGAGUUCAUGCGCAUGGUCAUUCUGGCGGCGGACAAGGUCCUCCACCACCCCAGGUGGCCCGGCAAGAGACGGCACGAAGAGCUGUGACCUCGGCUGACGCCGGCCAGCCGGACAUUUUUUUUGUCGGGGACGCCGUGGCAAGGCCAGCCGUGCGAGCCGCACCUGAAAUCCAGCUGGCCGAUCGGUUUGUUUCGUCAAAUUCCAGAAGGACGUUUUUAUUGUUUCCCCCCCCCCCCCCCCCCCGAUACAUUGUGAGCCAUUCCAAAUCCAGAAAGCUUCCAUUUCAAGAUGGGAAGGUCUCAUCAAAGCGUCGUGUAGAUGGUCUCUCACGGAGGAGGGACAUGAAAUUUGAGCAGGUUCAGUUGUCGACUACGGCUGGGAAGUUUCUGAAUCUUGAAAAUUGUAAUCAGAGCAACAUAUGAUGAUGCUGCCUGAAUCCCAGUUGAAUGCAGGUGUUUGUCUAAAAAAAUUAUAUUGUUUUCAUACUGAAGUUCCAAAGGGAAUGACAUGACCUGAUCAAAGAAGUAUGAAUGAUGUAAGAUGUUGAUUUAUUUAACUGAAUCUUUGCACAUUUGCAACCAGAUUUACGGAAUGUUUUACUUUAAAAGCCAUGCAUUUAGUUUUUGUCAUGGAAGUAUCUUGAAAGUAUGUAUACAUUGUUAUUGUUAUUUUGGUGGCUUUUGGACCAGGGCGAAUGUGUUUACUUAAAGUAACAAAAAGCGCAGAAAAGCACGUGAGAACUUACGUAAAAUAGUGACGGCACUCCAGGUUUUACCCACAAGCCUUUGCUCCCCACUCCUGUGUCCCGCACUCGUCCUUUUUCCCACCCUCUCCUAAUUCCUUAUGCAUCCCUCGGCUAACCGCUGUGCACUUAUGCCUCGUUUUCACGACCAUUGGCAACCAGGCCUUGCCGAAGCAGCAACACGGCACCACCAGUCACACUCCGUGCCCUGUGAGGCUCUGUUGGCUUGACUUCUCACCCCCAUAUUUAGGCAACAAUGGAGAAAUUAUCUUGAAAAAGACAUUGGUUGCUCUCCGAUGCGUAUCAGGUUUUUUGUAACCCCAACGUUCCACUUCACGUUGCUCUGGGAGUCUCCCUCAGGGAUUUGGAAGUUGCGCGUGGCGGGAGCGAAACGUCGGGACAUCGUUGCCGAACGGCGCACGGCGCGACUCCGAAAACACGCCGGAGAGCCGUGCAGCACGACCGCGAAAACUCACGCAGCAACCUUGCUCUGUUGGUAAAAUUACAGAAAGCGAAAAGGUGACAUUUGACUAAUUCUAGAUUUGAAGCUUUCGUGACUGCAAGGAUUCAUACUCUUAGGUUUUUUCGGUAAAGUCACAUAGGUAAAAAAAUAAUAAUAAUAAUAAAAUAAUAAUAAUAAAUGAAAACAACUCAAUUAAAUCCAGACGUUUCAGAGGCAACACAGACGGAUACUUGUGUUGCCUCCGAAACGUCGUGAUUUAAUUUCGUUUAUUAUUAUUUUAUUAUUAUUAUUUUCCUACGUGACUUUACCGAAAAAACUUAAGACAUUUGACUACUUUAAGUUAAAAUAGUAAUUCCUUAUUAGUUACACAUCGCCACUUAUUUAAGUUAUUACAGCCGGGAAAUUUGACCGCGCCAUUUCUCGAUGCGCACACACACACACACGUACGUCCCCAUUUCCAAGUUCACCCUGUGACAGGGUCCGCCCCGGAUGAAAGUGUGGGCCCAGGUUAUCCCGAAAGAUCACAGCGGCGUUCGUCACUGGCCGUGAGAAACGGGGGCAACGUUUUGUCGUUUUUUUAUUGCGACUCAACACGAGCUCGGUACAAAGCACCGGUCACAGUACAAGGGUGGGGGGUGGGGUGGAGGGAUGGGGGGUGGAGGGUGAAGGGGGGUGGGGGGGUAGAAACUAAACGAGAAAAACCCGGGGGUGCGGGCUCCCUGCCUCCACCCCACGUGGGGACCGUGCGAGCGAGAACCUGAACGCUUACGUGGGGAGGGAAGCGCAGGGGGGAAAGAUGAAGGACGCCACGGUGGCUAAGAGAUGUUAACUCCCUCGCCUGAUAUGCAGGAGGUCGUGAGUUCGAUCCCAACCCUGACGCCUGCAUAUUUGGAGUUUGCGUGUCUCUCUCUCUCCCCGUGGUCGCGUGGAUUUUUCUCCGGGUUCUUCGGUUUUUCACCUCCACAUUUAGAAUGAUGCGUUUAAAAGAGUAUUUGGCUGCGAUACAUUUCCACGUGAUUAAGCCACUUCGUUGAACUAUCAUUUGUGGCCAGGUCGCUUCCGAAAAAGAGCCACAGAGCUAAGUGGACCUUUAGUGGUAAAAUAAAAAUUGUUUAGUUUUAACUAAAAUAAUGGGGGGUAGAGAGGGGGCUGGGAGAGAGGGGGAAAGGGUGACAUCAAUAUUUGUGUAGGCAGGGCAGCGCAUUCGUGCAACGUUGACCCCCGACUUUCCAGUAAAUGUGGAAUGUUGCAGGACAACGUAGGGGGGCGGAGGUUGGUCCAAGGGUCCCAGCCACAGCGCUGUAUGUUUAUGCGGCGCGUGCACCGAUUGCACGAAUACAUAACCUUGUUUAAUGUGUAACGUGAUGGCUGCUCUCGUGAACUUAUACGGGUGGACAACAGGUUCGUUUAAAAUACCAACGGGGUGUUUCUAGUUUAACACGGACGCUUUCGCGACCAACAUUAUCCAUAAAAGAGGUUUUUGGGUUAGAUCGAGUAUAUAUAAAUGUGUCGUUAAGCCCGCCACCACCCGAAACGGUCAAUUAGUAAAAAAAAAAAAAUCGUAAUUACCGGCGAAACGUCGUACUCGAAUUGUAUAUCUUGUGGGUUUACUCUGACAACACACCGGUGUGUUGUACUAGUAACGAAUUGGCGUGUUUUGUUAACGUGAAAAACCUAAUUGGCUGUGUCGGGUGGUGGCAGGUUUAACGACACAUUUAUACCUAUUGAACUAACCCAAAAAACUCUUUUUAUGGAGGGUGUUUUUUUUACUGCUGCUGACUGAGGUUUAAUGCGAAAGGUCCGUUGCAGGAAAGACUGAGAAACAGAUCUGUCAGCGUUCCUGCCUGCCACUGCAGGGGGUGGGGGGGGCACAUUGUAUUGUGCUCGAUUUCAUCAUAUCAGAAGCGAAGCAGAUUUGAGCCUGUAAUAGUCGGUCACCAGAUGUCGCAGGGUUGCAAAGUAACCAGGAGAUGCCGGUACAGCGGUGGGUCCUUGAAUGUAUUUGUGCGGAUCUUCUGCAUAUUGUCCCCUUGCCUGUGUGUGUGUGGGUCUUCUCUGGGCGGUGCCGUUUUCUCCAGUACGUCACUCCUGGAUAGAAUCCACCAAAAUGUCUCAAUAUAUAAGACCUGUCCUGUUAAGAGUGUUGCAUCGACAGCCAAUCCCAUUGUUUACAAAUAUACUUUCGACCCCUAAUCGAUCAGAUGCUAAGCAGAAUUGAUCCUGAUUUAGCGCUACGAUGGGCGAUCGCCAAAGGUGAAACAGGUGGGGCAUAGGCUGCUGUGGGGUUAUGUUGUUUUCCUGUACUACGCUCCCACGUGCAUGCAGCCUGCCUUCUCCGAACCCGCAGUGACCAGGCAAGGGUUCCUUGCUUAGGCCCUUGCACGCAGGGCCGAGUGUCGUUCAGCAGCCUUGAAAAGGACUGAAAGUGUCAGGAUAACUGGCGGCCGUUGUCCCGUCUUCGCUUUCUUGACUAUUUGGUGGCUGACGGUCGUGACGUGAGAACGUGCAACCCUGCUCCAGCCGGCACAAAGGUGACUAAUCACUGGGUUUACAAUCGGAAACGAAUUGCUACCGACCCCCCCCCCCCCCCCGCCGCCCCCCUCGCGAAAUCACGAGCUGCCUAAAGACAUCUUAUUUUACUUUGUGGGGAAUUAGGUUUGUGUCUGAAGUAGGAUGCGGGGGUGUGACAGGUAUUAACAGCAUAAAGCACAGACGUGGAAAUAAUCCAAACUUGCACGUGAAUUGAAUAUGUUUCUCUCACUUGAGAUCAGGACAUAUAUAUUUAUACCUCUGUUACUCGAACUCAUUGUAGGAGAGUGAAUGAGAACGGAAGGAUAACCUGGUGCAGGUUCAGGAGGAGAGACAGGCGUUUAAGUAGAACAAUCCAGAAAGGGGACAAAAUGAUGUGAAUUCGCCACUUUCCAAAAUGUGAAAACUCCGACGACGGAAGCGAUGGAAGUUUGGGUGUUUGGGGAAAGAUGCCAAGAGGCAGAAAGAGAAGGAUGCCGCUUGACUCAAUUGACAGAAGGAGCCGUGCAGUGAAGAAUCGGCUCAAGAUGGGACAGGAUGAGAGGGAAGAUGGAGACAAAGAUCUGCCAUGGGGAAGUGGAGUAACAAAGAUAAAGGCUCCUAAAUUUCGAUUUAAAGCUUUCGUGACUGCAGGGAUUCAUCUUCUUGGUUCUUUCGGUAAAGUCACGUAGAAGGGAAAGAAUAAAAUAAUAAAAAUAAAACAUAAUAAAAUACAAUUCUCACGACGUUUCGGCCACAACGCAAGCA